AGUGUGAUUUUGGACGCAGCCGAAUAAAUGAGCUUCAGCUGUUUGAAUGUGAUAAGUCGGUGUGGUGAUAAUAAAGUAUGAAGACGGCGGUGACUGCAGAGCAGAUCGCUCAGUGGUUCACCAUCGGAGCUCAGUUCACUAACAUCAGAAUCACUGAGGAAAAAAAGAAAGACUCCAAAACUCACACAAACACCACAGAAAAUCAUUUUGAGGAUGGCCUGCAGACUAAGGAUGGAUCAGAGCAAACAAGCAAGAAGUCUGAUGAUUUUCCUGGGGCAACUAUUCCCCCUCCUGCCAGCUACGAAUAUCCAACACUCCCCAUCACUAAGAACAGACUUGAGCUGAUCUCCCUAAUCGAGAGUAACUCGGUGGUGAUUAUUCGGGGGGCGACAGGCAGUGGGAAGACUACCCAGCUCCCUCAGUUCAUUCUGGACUACUACAUGGAGAAGGGUGAUCCCUGCAGUGUGGUAGUCACACAGCCUCGCAAAAUUGGCGCCAGUAGCAUCGCCCGAUGGGUUGCUCACCGACGCAAAUGUACCCUUGGCAGCCUGGUGGGAUAUCAGGUAGGUUUGGAGAAGAUGGCAACUGAACACACUCGGCUGAUCUACAUGACCACAGGGGUGCUGCUGCAGAAACUGGUGGGAGCAAAGUGUCUCACCGAAUUCACGCACAUCUUUAUAGAUGAGGUGCAUGAGAGAACAGACGAACUGGAUUUUCUUCUGUUGGUUGUUAGAAAACUGCUGCACACCAACUCACGAUUUGUUAAGGUGAUUCUGAUGUCAGCUACGAUAAACUGUGCGGAAUUUGCAGAGUAUUUUGGAACUCCGAUCAGGAAUCGGAUAAACCCAGCUUAUGUAUUUGAGGUUGAGGGAGCGCCGUACACGGUGGAUGAGUUUUACCUGGAUGACCUAAAAAGCAUCCUUCCUUUCAGAGUGGACACUCCUUACUCUGAUGACCCCCACAUUAUAGUGGAGAUGUACAACGUAGCAGUGAGUCUCAUCCAGAGCUUUGAUGAGAUGGAGGCUAAAGAACAAAAUCGUUUGGAGCAGGGUGGUGCUACAUCCCUUCCAGAGAGAGGCAGUGUGUUGGUGUUCUUGCCGGGACUGUCUGAGAUUCAGUUCAUGCAGGAAGCUCUCGCUAAACUGGUCCGCAAGAGAUUGCAGGUCUACCCUCUUCACUCCUCCGUGACUCUUGAGGAGCAGAAUGGAGUCUUUUUGGUACCUGCACCUGGAUACAGGAAGAUCAUCCUGUCUACCAACAUCGCGGAGAGUUCGGUCACGGUGCCCGACGUCAAAUACGUCAUUGACUUCUGCUUAAUGCGUCACUUGGUGUGUGACAAGGAAACAAACUACCAGUCCCUCCGCCUCACCUGGGCAUCCAAAACUAACUGCAACCAGCGCAGAGGUCGAGCUGGCAGGGUUUCUAAGGGCUUUUGUUAUCGCAUGGUCACUAGAGAUUUCUGGAACAGUGAGAUUCCAGACUUCACCAUUCCAGAUAUGCUGCGUUCUCCUUUAGCAAGUAUCCUCUUAAAGGUGAAGUUGUUGGAUAUGGGUGAUCCUCGUUCUCUGCUCUCCACUGCACUCACCCCUCCAAAUCUGGCUGACAUUGAGAGGACUGUUCUGCAGCUUAAAGAGAUGGGUGCUCUGUCAGUGUGUAGCAGCAAAGUAAAGCGCUUUGAUGGGGAGUUAACGUUUUUGGGACGAGUUCUUGCUCACCUGCCUGUAGACCUGCACUUCGGAAAGCUCAUCGUUCUUGGACACGUAUUUGGUUGCUUAGAGGAGUCCAUCAUCAUUGCUGCGUCUCUUUCUCUGAAGAGUUUCUUUGCGAUGCCAGCACUGCAGCAGCUUACAGGUUACAGGAGCAAGUUAUCGUUUGCUAAUGGUGUACCAAGUGACCCCAUCGCCUUUGUAAAUGCUUUCAAGGCAUGGUACACUUCCAGAGCCAAAGGAGAGUUCAGACGACCAAAGGAUGAGCAGGAAUGGGGCAAAGAGAACUGCAUUCAGAUUAAACGAAUCAGAGAGGUCGCUGAGCUGUUUGAGGACCUAAAAAAGCGAGUUUCUCAGUUUAACAUGCACAUCACCGAGAGUUCCUCACCUUCUGACUACACCAGCACACACACUCAGAAAUUCAUACUGCAGGUGGUGAUUGCAGGUGCUUUUUAUCCAAACUACUUCCUGCAGGGAACUUUGGAAGAAGAGCUUGCCUCUAAAGAUCUCUCUGGAAAUGACCCCAGGACCACUGUUCUGGUGCGUAAUCUGCCUCCAUUUGCGUUCCUCUACUAUAAACAGCUUCAGUCUCUGUUCAGACAGUGUGGACAGGUCAAGACCAUCUCGUUUGAUGGCUCCAGGGCGUAUGUGGAGUUCUAUCGCUUGUCAUUAAGAGGUUCUGGUGUUCUUCCAGAAGUUUCUCUUUCUCUCCUCCUUUCUCAGCAGAGACUUCCUCUCCAUCUAUAUGUCUAUCCUGCUGAAGAGGUGGAGGCUCGGGCAGGGGGGCACAGCAUCUCCCACCUUAAAUACACACGUGUGAAUGUGGAUUUGCAGAAUCACAGUGUGAAUCCUGUUGGAGUUCUGAGCAGCUCCAUUGAUCCUGAGACCCUUCCAUCUAACUCUGUCUUUGUUGUCAACAUCACUGAGGUGGUUGAAGUGGGUCAUUUUUGGGGUUACCAGGCUGACGAGGCAAGUCUGGAGAAACAGAGGGACCUCAUGGCCUCCAUUAAUGCACUAGAGCUGAAGCCGGUUUCUGUUUCACUUUAUCCAAAUCUUCUGUGUCUGGCACCUUUUACUGACACACACAGCAGGUCAGGGAACUACUACAGAGCCAGAAUCCUGCACGUACUGGGGAGCAAUGUGGAGGUGUUCUUUUUGGACUAUGGAAACACUGCCAGGGUGCCAUGUAACACCCUUAGAGAACUUCCUGCUGACUUGCUGGCUCCACCCUUUCAGGCUCAGGAGUUUAUGGUGGCGUGCAUGGCACCCUCGGCUCAGUCGCUGAUUUUGGGUGACCGCUGGAGCAGCAGAGCGAGGAACCGGUUCAUCACGCUCGUACACGGGCACUCGCUCAUCGUCUCCCUGUACUCCAUCCUACAUGGGGUCAUGCGUGUCCACCUUCACAUUGCCAUGGAAACUGGUGACAUCAGCCUUGCUGACCUGCUUGUGGAGGAAGGUCACGCCCGAUCCGCACCUGAGAGCUUCGAGAGCCAGCAGUCCCAUGAGGUACUGAUUGCUCUGUAUCAGGACCUAAAGGAAGGAACUUUCACCCCCAGCUCCACCAGCGGCUCUUGGAAAAACCGUAAAGCAGAAGAGAAACAGCUUAUCGACAGACUGAUGCUGUCCUUCUCCAAAUCUGGCGCCCCCAAGUGCAAGGUUUUGGUUCACGGCCCUUCCAGUCCCCAUAAGGUCACGUUUCACAGCAUGAGUGGUGUUACACAGUACAGGUCGGUUGCUAUAGAGAGAGACAGUAUAAACUCUGUGCUGGUGAACGAUAAUCCACAGGAUGGACACGAUCGAAUGAUGGUGGCUGGAUCAGUUUCUCUCAGUGCCUCAGGUUCAUAUGUUACGGUAAAAGUAACUACUCUGAUGCCUCACAUCCACGGCCUUCCUGCCCUCAUCACUAUGCUCUUUACCCCCAUCAUGGAGCUUCGAACUGAUGAGGAGCAAACCUGCUUUACUGGAGCUCUGUGUGGACUGGGCUCAAACCCCAUCACCCAUGAGGCCAUUCUGCCAGAGCGGGACAUUGAGCUAGCCUUUGAUGUAAAAUUUGAUGUGGAUGACAUUGCAGAGAUAAAUGCACUGAGAGGAGCGAUAAACCGGCUGGUGUGUGAGGGACCGCACGGCCUCCUUCAUCUCAUCCCAGAGAAAAUCGGCUCACUUCAGGAAGACGCCCGAGAUCGACUCAUCAGGCUGUUCUGUAAAACCCCUUCCAGAGAGGACUGCACCCCUGUUUACUAUGAAAAACCCAAGAAAUGGAAUCAGGUCAACCCCUCCCAGCAGAUGGAGGUCGUUCAGAAAGAUGAUGGUAAAAUGAGAGGAGUUUUGUUCCAGCUACAUCCUGUAACUCUACUCAACAUGUGAUGGAUCCUGUUACAGUAAUGAUGUUUAUUUCCCGACUGCCGGAAUGUUAUGCACAGUUUUAUUAAGAUUUAUUUCAUUUGUUAAUGUUAUCAAUGUUGGACUGUAGUGGUUGGUCCUGUUCACUAGAUGGCAGUGUUUACGUUUAAGUUCAAUAAGUAAAUACUUUUAUAAUAAAAUUUCCUUAUUUAUUCA